CAUAUAACAACGGGAUGCUCUCAGAUCAGAGUGUUGAUGGUAAACUUAAGGCGGCAGGUAGAAUAAGUCAAAUAUAUGUAUACUGUAUUUUGUGAAAGUCAUACUAAGAGCAGGAAGUAAGCUAUCUGUUACUGCUCUUUGUGUUCAAUAUAUGUUGAGUUGUGUCUCCUAUAUGAGCCUCUUUGUAGGUGAGAUAUGUGUGUGUGUGCCAGAUUAUUUUUGAUUGAAACCAGUAAGUUUACAACACCUCAUGUUUAAAACUUGAGGCUAUAACUAUGAACAUGCCAGUGGGACUAACAAUUAUAGGCUAAAAGAUUUUAAAAAAUAGCAGUUACAUAAAUAUCGUAAGGUUUGCAGGGGUUAUUUGAUUAACAACUUUUUUGUUUAGACAAUCGGAUAUAGAGGAAAUGUAUUUGUGUAUCUGGAAAGUCACCUCUCGUCACCUCUUUGCUUAAGAAAUUGGAUUUAUGAAUAUUUCAUUUUCUCAAAAGAAUUCUGCAGAUUGAUCUAAUUAAAUAUCAAAAUGCCUGUCAUAUUCAGUAAAUCCACAUAAUAAAUGUUACCAAAGUAAUAUAAAAAGAUGGUAGAUAUGAUGAUGUUCAAUGUACAGACUUUAGGGAAAACAAUGACCAAACACCUGAACCUGUAUUAAAAUACAGAAAUGUAGUAGAUUCCUUCUGGUGAUCUUAAGCAGGUCUAAUAAGACAACGAUGGGAUGAAUAAGGGGUUAAUCCCCUAGAGAAAACAGGGAGUGGAAAAAAGAUAUGCACAAAACUAUGUUUCCUCUCUAACCCACUUGGAAGAGGACAGCUCAUAGCAGGUGGCAAUGCCAAAUAUUUGCUCUGCAGUUGCCUAUAAACUCAAACACAAACCACACACCCGGGAAUGCUAUGUCCAAAACUGGAUGUGACUCAUUCAUUAAAUCUUUUGAUGAUGAGCGCGGUAAUAUCUGUCUUCCCGCUGAGAGAUCAGAUCACACACUGGCACAGGUUCACAAGUCAUGGGAGAACUUAAACAACUUGAGCAGUCUUUCAACUGCUUGGUGUAUACAUCAGAAUGGAGGUGACUGGGUAAAGUAAUACUUGAGAAAUACUUAUUUCCUUGGAAAGUCUUUGUUGGUAUCAUCCCGGUAGUACACGGUAAUUAAGCAGAUGUUGAUACUAAAUCUCUUUUUCAUACCGGAUUUGCGGUUCAGAGCCAAUACUUAAGGCUCUCUUUUGACUCACUUCCUUAACCCCUGACACAUUACCAGCAGUCACCCAGCAUGAAAUCAAAAUGUUAUCAGUCAUUUCAGCGAACAGCGAACACAUUCAGCUCUGCCUUUGACGAUGAAUGCUCUGGUUGCUCUCUGUCACUUCUGUGAGCUCCAUGGCCCUCGGACGUUGUUUUGCACCGAGGCACUGCAUCCUCCAUCCCCAUCCCCUUCAUCCCUUGCUGGUGCCGCGGGGCCCGGGGAUAGAGACCGAGAUGGGGACCGGGAAGGUGAAGGGCUGACCAUGAGGGCCAACAGCUCUGCCACACAGAGAGGAGAAAUGUGUGAGGGAUGUCGAUCUCUGCCUGCAUCUCACCCGGGCUUUGUGAGCAUUGAUGAUGAAACAGGCAUACGCUUCCUGAGCCACCAGCAUCCCAGACAGCCACAGCUAUUCAGCGUUGUCCGCCAGGCCUGCGUACGCAGCCUCAGCUGUGAGGUAAACAGUGACGUGUGUCCCGGCCGUGAAGGACCAAUUUUCUUUGGAGAUGAGCAACAUGGUUUUGUUUUUUCACACACCUUCUUUAUCAAAGACAGCCUGGCCAGGGGCUUCCAGCGCUGGUACAGUAUUGUCAUGGUAGCAAUGGACAGGAUCUACCUUAUUAACUCCUGGCCUUUCCUGUUAUGCCACCUCAGACUCACUAUACAGAGCCUGCAAAGCACAGCCCUCAAGGUGUUCGAUAUUGAACAGGGAGUGUGUCCCCAGCGAUCGGUGAGGAUGAACAGUGUCUUUUCCCCUGCAGUGUUUCCACACCAAAGGAGUGGCAACGCAGCCCGGUCUCUAACUUCUCUUACCCAGCAUCCCAACUUGUGGGCCAGCCUGCACUCCUCCUUCAGCUGGCUGCUGAAGGCAUGUGGAAGUCGUCUGACAGAGAAGCUGCUGGAGGGAGCGCCCACUGAGGACACACUGGUGCUCAUAGAGAGACAGACAGAGCAAGAGGAGGAAAUGAGCUGCUGGGAGGGAGCAGAAGGAGGCGAUUCUACAUCACAGCGGCACCAAUCAGAGAGCAAGCUGGGCUUCGACUUCCUGUGUGAUGAUGCAAAGUUAAAUGAACUACCAGGGCCGAAAUUCAGGUCCCUGAGGCAUUUGAGACAGGUCCUCGGGGUUGCCGAGUUUCGUCAGCUAGUGUGGCACGUGCUCAUGGGAAAUCAGGUCGUAUGGAGAGGCGCUGACCCCGGGCUCAUCCAGUCUGCCUUUACAGUGCUCAAGUCUUUGCUCCCAGUAGGCUGUGUGUGCUCGGUGCCAUACAGUGCUCAGUAUGAAGAGGCAUAUAAAUGCAACUUUCUGGGUCUCAGCCCAGAUGUGCAUAUUCCUACGCACGUCAGCUCCUCAGACUUUUCAGUGCUAGUGGAUGUCAGCAUAGAGAGAAACGGGCGGAUCUGUGCAGUGGGUGAAUACGAUAUCUCCGCACUCUAUCAGUUCACCAUCAGCAGUGCCAACACACAGCCCACAGACAGGGGUCCCACGUUACUGAACAAGCUUGAGGUGGCUCUGUCUAAUGAGAACUUGUCUGUGGACGUCGUGUCUCACUGCCUGCUGUGUCUGAAGGAAGAGUGGAUGAAUAAAGUCAAAGUGCUGUUCAAGUUCUCCAAAGUGGACGGGCGAGGGAGGGAGGACACACAGAAGGUUCUGGCCCUGCUUGGCGCCACAGGGACAGGCGAGGAGGACAACGUCAGGCUGCUCAAGUUCUGGAUGACUGGACUCAGCAAAACCUACAAGAGUCAUUUAAUGACAGCCGUCCGAGGAGGGGAGAGGAGCCCCAGCCAGUGACAAAGAGAGGGAGGGGGAGGAGGAGGUAGAGGGGGUGAAAUAAAGGGAGCUGAAAAGAGGGGGAAAUACUAAUGAAGGGAAAGCGAAAGCUGCUAUCCAUUCAUCGUCAGUUUUGUGAACUGUUUGGGAUUUCAGUAGAUGAAAGACUCAUGUGAAUGGGUCACCAACCUAUUUUUCUCAUUCAUUCUUGCUUUUCAAAGUAAUGGGUAUUCUACUGUUCCUAACCCUGAUUUUUAUCCUACAAAGAUUAACACGUUUGGUCAGUUUAAAUAAUAUAUGAGUUUGUCAAAGGGAAUUAUUGUAGAUGACCUAUUUAUACUAAUAUGUGAAGUUUAACUUAUUACAAACAGACUUUGCACUUUGUUUACUCUUUUUCUGAUGUUUUAAAAUAAAAUGAAUAUGAACAGUCA